AUGAUUGACCUUGAUUCAGUUUCUAUUAGCGGACUAGCGCGCGAAACAAAAUGGCGCCCGUUGCAGGACUACAAGUCGCUGCAGGACAUCAUCGCCAUCCUGGGCAUGGACGAGCUCUCCGAGGAGGACAAACUGACGGUGGCCAGGGCGCGCAAGAUCCAGCGCUUUCUCUCGCAGCCAUUCCAGGUGGCCGAGGUGUUCACUGGACACCCCGGGAAACUGGUGAAACUGGAGGAAACUAUAAAAGGAUUCCAGCGGAUCCUCAAGGGCGAACUGGACCACAUUCCUGAGUCGGCAUUCUACAUGGUUGGCACCAUCGAAGACGUGAUUGCGAAGUCUCAAACAUUGGCCAAGAACGUG